AUGGAAGGUAGUCGAGGGAUUACGAACAGACGAAGCAAAGGAAACGAGAAGGAAUUCAAACUGACGUCACUUCCUCCAGGUGUACCACGUAACCGGCUUUACUUUUGCUCUUAUUUCCCUUGUGUAAAAGGGGGAAAAAGAAUUGUUUUUGAGUGGUUAAUAGUUUCGCUCCCAGCCGACACUUACGCGCCUCUCCUUUGGGGAGGACAUUUAAACGAAUUCGAGUCAGGCCAAGUUGAGGCCGGCUGCACGUCUUCGGGGUUCAGAACGAGGCUCUCUGAAUGGCGCAGCCAUAUCUAUCUAUCUAUCUAUCUAUCUAUCUAUCUAUCUCUCUCUCUCUCUAUAUAUAUAUAUAUAUAUAUAUAUAUAUAUCUGUUCAUAUAUACCCCUACUCUUUUUAGUCGUCAUGUCUCCUUGAAUCCUACUCUUUUUUAUUGGCCUUUCUCUUCAGUGAACCCCCUGCAUAGUAACAAACUUUUCUUUCUUUCUUUCUUUUUCUUUCUUUCUUUUCAUAUAUACCCCUAUCCUUUUUAG